CCCGAGUGCCUACCGGGGUUGCCAGCGCGGCAGUGGCGGCUCCCUUGGCUCUAGCCCGCUGGUCCAGCGAGGGCGUGCCAAAGCGGCGAAAGGGCGCGGAAGUGACAGAGGGGUGAGUCAGACACUGUCUAAGCGAUAAAAAGAGGCAGUUCCGCGGUGUAGGGCUAAGUGUGGCCAGUGCCGCAGUCUAUUUAGGGCCCCGGCGAAUAGCGUCAGCGAGAGGAGGGUGAGGAGGAGCCAGAGCCCAGUGGCUGCAAUCUUUCUCGCCUUCAGUGCGUCGCCAUCUCCACCAUGCAGUCCCGGGAGGAAGCUCCGCGCUGUCGGCGCCUUGCCAGCCCCCGCGGCGGAAGACGGCCCAAGAGGAUCUCCAAGCCCUCAGUUUCGGCCUUUUUCACCGGCCCAGAGGAGCUGAAGGAUUCAGCCCAUUCAGCAGCCCUGCUGGCACAACUCAAGUCCUUUUACGAUGCGAGGCUGCUAUGCGAUGUGACCAUCGAAGUGGUGACACCUGGUAGUGGGCCCGGCACGGGCCGCCUUUUUUCCUGCAACCGCAACGUCUUGGCUGCCGCGUGCCCCUACUUCAAAAGCAUGUUCACGGGCGGCAUGUACGAGAGCCAGCAGGCGAAUGUGACCAUGCACGAUGUGGACGCCGAGUCCUUUGAGGUGUUGGUUGAUUACUGCUACACAGGUCGCGUGUCGCUGAGCGAAGCCAACGUGCAGCGCCUCUACGCGGCCUCUGACAUGCUGCAGCUCGAAUAUGUACGGGAAGCCUGUGCCUCCUUCUUAGCCCGCCGCCUUGACCUGACCAACUGUACUGCCAUCCUCAAGUUCGCAGAUGCCUUCGAUCAUCACAAACUGCGGUCUCAGGCCCAGUCCUUUAUAGCUCACAACUUCAAGCAUCUCAGUCGAAUGGGUUCAAAUCGUGAGGAGACUCUGGCAGAUCUGACCCUGGCCCAGCUGCUGGCUGUCCUACGCUUGGAUAGUCUGGACAUAGAGAGUGAGCGGACUGUAUGCCACGUGGCCAUGCAGUGGCUGGAGGCUGCUCCCAAAGAUAGGGGUCCCAGUGCUGCAGAAGUCCUCAAGUGUGUCCGCUGGACACACUUUACUGAAAAGGAUCAAGACUAUCUGGAAGGGCUGCUGGCCAAACCCAUUGUGAAGAAGUACUGCCUGGAUGUUAUUGAAGGGGCCCUGCAGAUGAGCUUUGGUGACAUGAUGUACAAGGCACUGGUGCCAAAACCAAACAGUAGCACCAGCUCAAUUGUGUCCUCUGCAAAAAAUCCCCCCCAGAGGAUGGGUAUGUGUGCCAAGGAGAUGGUGAUCUUUUUUGGACACCCCAGAGAUCCUUUUCUCUGCUAUGACCCAUACUCAGGGGACAUUUACACAAUGCCUUCACCUUUGACCAGCCUGGCUCACACUAAGACCAUCACCUCCUCAGCUGUCUGUGUCUCUCCAGACCAUGACAUCUAUCUAGCUGCCCAGCCCAGGAAAGACCUCUGGGUGUAUAAACCUGCCCAAAAUAGUUGGCAGCAACUUGCAGACCGUUUACUGUGUCGUGAGGGCAUGGAUGUGGCAUACCUCAAUGGCUACAUUUACAUUUUGGGUGGACGAGAUCCUGUCACUGGUGUUAAAUUGAAGGAAGUAGAAUGCUAUAGUGUUCAGAGGAACCAGUGGGCACUGGUGGCUCCUGUACCCCAUUCCUUCUAUUCCUUUGAAUUAAUAGUGGUUCAGAACUAUCUUUAUGCUGUAAAUAGUAAACGCAUGCUCUGUUAUGAUCCUAGUCACAAUAUGUGGCUAAACUGUGCUUCUCUUAAACGCAGUGACUUUCAGGAAGCCUGUGUCUUCAAUGAUGAGAUCUACUGUAUCUGUGAUAUCCCAGUCAUGAAAGUCUACAACCCAGCCAGGGGAGAAUGGAGGCGUAUUAGUAAUAUUCCUUUGGAUUCAGAGACCCACAACUAUCAGAUUGUCAAUCAUAGUCAAAAGUUGUUGCUCAUCACCUCGACCACCCCACAGUGGAAAAAGAACAGGGUGACUGUGUAUGAGUAUGAUACCAGGGAAGACCAAUGGAUUAAUAUAGGUACCAUGUUAGGCCUCUUGCAGUUUGACUCUGGCUUUAUUUGCCUCUGUGCUCGUGUUUAUCCUUCCUGCCUUGAACCUGGUCAGAGUUUCAUCACUGAGGAAGACGAUGCACGGAGUGAGUCUAGUACUGAGUGGGACUUAGAUGGAUUUAGUGAGCUGGACUCUGAAUCAGGAAGUUCGAGUUCUUUUUCUGAUGAUGAAGUCUGGGUGCAGGUAGCACCUCAGCGAAAUGCACAGGAUCAGCAGGGUUCAUUGUAAA